UGGGACGUCCUCCCGACGUGUCCAUCAGCACAGCGACUGCUGCAGAUGUGAAGCUAGAUUUCAACAACAAUCUUGCAUUGAAGCCUGGCAAGGACUGGUGUGAAGAGGGUCGUGUGGUCACAGCCUCGACCAGAUCUCACUGAACCACUUCUUGAAAGGACUGAAAAAUGUGGCACCGGGUCUACAUCCUGCUCAUCGUGUCCGCUUGCUUCCACACAGGAUCCGCACUUUGGAGCGCUACAGCUCUGUGGACUGCAGGAGGAGCAGUUGUUGCAGUGGUGGCUGCUCCAGUGGUGCUCGGUGCUGCUGGCUUCACUGGUGCUGGAAUUGUAGCAGGAUCCAUAGCAGCGAAAACCAUGUCAGCGGCUGCCAUAGCCAAUGGAGGAGGAAUAGCAGCAGGUGGUUUGGUGGCUGUCCUACAGUCUGCAGGAGCGGCUGGACUCUCAGCUGCUGGCAGUGCUGUGGUCGGGACAGUAGGGGCUGCGACUGGCUACGGUAUUAAAAAGGCUUUUGACAGUGACUAAAGAAUCUUAAAUCGUUGUAAAGAAUACAGCACAGAGACUGAGAUGUAACUUGUAUUCCUGGUUGUUCUCGAGUCACCAUUGAGCAGUGACUCUGUUCCUUGUGAUUGGGAUAAAAGUGACAUUCCAGUGUGGCUGUAAAUGUCAAGCUUCACCUA